GCACACGUGGGCAAAUCCGAGUAGAGUCGCUGCAGAGAUGCAUGCAGAGUUGGAGUACGUGUCUGUGGGCUGCAGCAGAACUCCUCACGCCGUCGAUUGGAGCGGGAGUGGUACAGUAGCCUACGCCGCUCACGAGACGGUCGCUCUAGCUCGGGAAGCUGAGGAGGGGCGCGGGCCAGCGCGGGUGUUUGCAACGCUCCAGGGGCACAGCGGGAGAGUGAACUGUGUUCGAUGGAUACCUUCUCUCUCCUCUCUAUCAGCUGAGCUAGUUUCAGGUGGCGUGGACGGCAAGAUUAUAGUGUGGAGGAAACAAAAGGGUGGGCAGUUUACAGUCGUUCAAGAGCUGUCCUCGCACACUGCAUCUGUGAAUUGUGUUGCGGGAGUGUAUCUGUUGCUUAGUGAUAGAGAGGAAGGGGAAACCCCAUCGAUCAAAACACUGAUUGCAUCAGCAUCCAGCGACUCUACACUCAAAGUGUGGCAGAGACUUAACCUCGAUGAUGAAUUUUCUGAAGUCCAGAGCAUUUCUUUUGGACGUGGUUUUGCUCUGUGUAUAGACUGCUGUCUCCUUCCCUCCUGCUCCCCUGUUGAGCCCGUACUGGUUACUGGAGGAGACGAUGCUAGAGUGAACAUUUACAUCUGGAACAAUGGACAAUUUUGUCGAGGGCUGAGUGUGAGUGGUCACAAGGAUUGGGUGAGAGACGUAGAGGUAGCAAGAGAGGGACGUGACCUACUGCUCGCCUCAUGCUCUCAAGAUGCCUCCAUCAGACUCUGGAGAAUUUGUCAACAACAACAGCAAGAUUGUAAACAUAAACAACAACAAGAGGGAGAGGUGGAGGAAGAGUUGAAGUUGAAAGGAAACACGUUUUGCUUGUCGUCGGGUGCCACUGUAUCUGUGACUCUGGAGUCCGUUUUGAUUGGUCACGAGGACUGGGUGUACAGUGUCUGUUGGUGGCCGAGAAACAGUUGCCAUGGCACCGACCAAUCAGAUUGCAGCUCUGCCGAUGAUUGUCUUCAGCUACUCUCUAGUUCCAUAGACAAGACAGUUGUCCUCUGGAAGCCAGAUCCAGUGUCCGGCGUCUGGAUGGAAGAGGUGAGGGUGGGCGAGGUAGGAGGGAACACACUGGGGUUCUAUGGGGGCCUAAUUUCCCCCGGGGGCCAAUUAAUCUUGGCCCACGACUAUCAAGGAGGCCUUCAUCUGUGGGGGAGGGAAGAAAAGGAAGAGGGAGAAGGUGGGCGGAGUCUCGAUGUUUGGUCGUCGCUACCGACGAUUGGCGGGCAUUUCUGUGGGGUUCAGGGGUUGUCAUGGGAACCGAGAGGAGGAGCAUUUCUCUUGUCUGUAUCCUCGGACCAGACUGCUCGGCUCCACGCUCCCUGGAUCAGGACAGGCGGUGAGCAGAGAAUGUGGUUUGAGAUUGCCCGGCCGCAGAUCCACGGAUACGACAUGACCUGUGUUGCCAUGACAACGUCGCUCCAGUACACAUCCGGAGCCGACGAGAAAGUUUUGAGAGUUUUUGAAGCUCCUGCGAAUUUUGUGGCCAACCUCUCGAGAAUCAGUCGCGAACACUUACAAAAGGACGGAAGCGAUGUGCCACUAGGAGCAAGUGUGCCAAGCCUCGGCCUCUCAAAUAAGGCUGUCUUCACAUGUAGGUUACGUCAUCAUGAUGUAAUUGGUGGAGAAGGGAGUGAGGGGAAAAAGAUCACCAAAAACCCAUUUGCGGACCACGUACCCUCGUUUCAACCCGUCGAUCUAACCGAGCCGCCCGUGGAGGCCCAUCUGUUGCAGAACACUCUCUGGCCGGAGACGCAGAAACUGUACGGACAUGGUUACGAAAUAUACUGCGCUGCAGCCAGUCCAGACGGACGCUACGUUGCCUCAGCCUGCAAGGCAACGAAAGCCGAACAUGCAGUGAUAAGGAUCUGGGAGGUGUCGUCAUGGAAACAGCUGCAGCCUCUCCACCAUCACAGCCUCACCGUCACACAUCUCACCUUCUCGCCCUCCUCCCUCUUUCUCCUCGCCACCUCUCGAGACAGAACCUGGUCGCUGUGGAAACACGUGGGAACCGACAAAAACCCUCCAUUUCAGUUGUGCUGCAGUCUGGAAAAAUCCAGCAAGCUACACAGCAGAGUGAUCUGGACCGCAUCUUGGGCCCACGAUGAUUCCUGCUUCGCUACUGGCUCCAGGGACAAGAAGGUGUUGCUAUGGAAACGUGGAGAGAGUGAGGAGGUGUGGUCAGUACAGAGUCCCCCGCUGGAGUUCCAGCAUUCUGUGACGGCACUGGAUUUUUCGCCCCUCCCCACACGUGACAGCAGACACGUACUGUCAGUUGGUUUGGAAUCAGGACACAUACUCCUCUACUCCUGCAGUCUGGGCACCAUGGAAUGGAACCUGGCCCUCUCACUGGACCCCAGCAUCUGUCACACGGCAACCGUGAAACAGUUGUCGUGGAAACCGCAUAACAGAACUGAAGACGGACAACCCGAAAGCGGUAGUGUUUUGGCAUCUUGUAGCCAUGACAACAGCGUUAAACUAUUCAGAAUUAGAUUUUGUACAGAUUGAGAAAUAGAAGUACGAUACAAGAAAAUGAUUUUUUUUCAACUUCAGAAGAAUGUGGUGAAAGCAAAAUAAAGAGGAGGCGUGGUGUUAAGAAAUCCCUAUUUUUGUGAAGAGUUGUUGUUUCUGCUUGUCAGAGAACCUAGCCAGUGCCGUGAUUGGCUUUACUAGUUGCCUAGUCUGUCGUCCCAUCAUGUACUCAAAUAGAACGUUCUUGAAAUAAUCAAACUCCGCCCCCCGUGGCUCGGGUUCUAGGACGACAUCACGAGAGGGCGUGUCUGGAACCGGAGGACUGUAGGAGUCCCUCCUAGUGGGUGUGGUCACGGAAUUGGGCGUGGUUGGGAGCCCCACCCUCACCUGAGACUGUAGCCUCGUGUUUUCCUCUAUCAGAUUCUGAAGCUCCGACUCCUGUGAACGAAGGGUCUGUCGCUGGUCCCUAACCACUGACUCCAGUCUCAUGAUCUGAGCCGCAGAGCCGGUCAGUUCGUCGACUCUCCGUCGCAGGGCCUCAAUCUCACUGUCCCUCUCCCCCUUCUCCUCCCCCUCAUGCGUCUCACUCCGUGCUGCGUCUGCCGCCAAUCGCUCACAGUCUCCCUCGACUCUCACAAGCUUCGUUUCCAAUUCUCGCACACUUUCCAACGCACCCUUCUUCUCUUCCUCGCUCCUGUGCAAAUCAGCAAUCAACUUGGCUUUCUCCGAGUCAAACUCGACCUGCGAUUCGUUCAAACGUUUUUCGAGUUCGUUUGCUCUCUGCUCCAUUUCCCGAGCACGUCUCCCCAUCUCUCCCUCCUCCCUUCCUCGUUCUUCUCUCAUCUGCGAUAGUUCCCUCUCCAGUUCUCGGUGGCUGCCCUGAACCUCGCUCAACUGCUGUCGUAACUUUUCCGUAUCGGUUUUCAGUGCAGCAAUCUCUGACUGGUGAGAUUCGACCAUUGUCAUUCGCUCGGUGUUGGCCCGGACUAGAACCUCAUCCAUCUUUGAUUUCCACUCGUUUUCCGUUCUCUCGGCUGCUCGCUCGGAGACUUUCACUUUAGAUUUGAGUGCCUUCACCGUCUCUUCGCUCUCCUUCCUUGCCCUCUCUCUCUCCUCCUCCGCCUCCACUUUCUCUUUCUCUGUGUUGGCGAGGGUCUCUCUCAGCCGCUCCAUCUCUUUCUCCAUCUUGCCAGCACUUACCUCCAUCUCCGACAGUCUACCUUCAUGGGCCUUCUGGCUCUCUUGCGCAUGGUGAAGACUUUCCGCUACCGUUUUAGAUUUAUCUUGCUCUUCUGUUAACCUUCCCGCCAUCUGUUCGACUUCUGCUCUAAGAGAUUGCUCUUGAUUUUCCUGCUCCUCUCUUCGCUGUAAAUCCUCCUUCUCUCUCUUCUCUUUCGAAUGCUUCAAGUUUGCGAUCUCAGCGUCAAGUAACGCUUUCUGCGAAGCUGCUUCAGACUUCAUUCUCGCUACCUGUGCUUCCGCAGAGUUGACUAAUGUUCUGAGCUCCACGGCUUGGCUGAGACACGUGUCUCGCUCGAGAAACGCUUUGUCUCUUUCCCGCUCCACCUCGUGAAUUUUCACCUGCCAUUCCUUGGCCUGCGCUGCAAACUGCGCGACCAGCUCUUUCUUUGCAGACGCAAGCUUUGCCUCUGCUUUCUUCUUGAACUCCAGUUUCUUUGCCUUGGCCUCGUUUUCAAUCUCGACCACCCUCUCUUUCCACCCCCGCACCUCCUCCUCUUUCUCGCAAAGGAGAGCCUCAAAACGAGCAGUUUUCUCUCGUGACUCCUGCAGCUCUGAGCCAGUGUCUUGGGCGGCACUCAGCUUCAAUUCAAACUCUCUCGAUUUGGAGUGGAGCUGUUCGGCGAGCGAACCUUUUUCACUUUUCAUUUGGGCAAAAUCGGACUCGAGUCGAGUCUUUUCGUCGCAAACUGAUGCAAAUUGCGAUUCUUUUUCGACCAGUUGUUUCUCGAGUCUCUCUUUCUCCUCCUUUAGCCUGGAAACCGCAUCUUCCAGCGACUUUUUCUCGUCUUCCAGUGCCGAUACUUGCGCCCCAAAAGAACCUUCAUCGCCGCUUUCUCUUCCUCACAUUUAGACUCGACGUCCUGAUUUUUCUGCUUCCAAGAAGCCUCGACUUCUGCGAUCUUCUUUUGGUAUCUCUGAACAAGUUUCUGGUGUUUCUGCUUGGCGGCUGCCCCUUCUCCCUCCAAUUCCUGUACUCUGACCUUUCCGGCCUCAAUCAGCUCAUGGAGGGUAGAGAUUUCAGACGAGAAUUGUCCCUCUGAUCCUCGGCCUUCCCCCUCAGCUCACCGAGACUGGAGUUCAGCUGGGCCCUGUACUCCUCCCGCAAGCUCUCCAGUUCACCACGGCGUUCCUCUUCCAGAGCCCGUACUCUCUCCGCCAGUUUCCGUUCAAAUUCGGCCUCCAUUUUCUGUGCCGCGUCCGUCCCUGCUAGUGUCAGUUCCUCGCGCUGUUUCUCGUGCAGCAAUGCCAUCUCCUUGCUGUGGUGCUCUUUCACCGUCCUCAGUUUCUGCUGCAGUACUGCCUUUAGCUGAGCCGUCUUUUCCUUGUGCGACUUCUUCACCUCUUCCAGAGCAGCAGCGUGACCAGUCUCCGUUUCUUUCAGCUUAGCUUCAGCCUCUUGCGCUAUCCUAGAAGCUUCCUUUAGUUUAUUCUGCGCUUCUGAAACGCUGUGCUCAAGACCCACCCUCUCUGUCUCCCACUCCGAGUGACUCUUUGAGAACGAAGUUUGAAGUUCUUCUUUUUCCUUCACCACCACCCGCACCUCCUCCCCGAAUGCCUUCUCACGAGUUGCAAGCUUUCCAGUCGCUGUUUCUCCUCCAUCCACUCUCGCUCUCUCCCGGAAAACUCGGUCUUUAGUGCCUGCAACUCUUUUCCUAAUUUCUCACGGAUUUCGUUUUCUUUCGAUUCCAACUCCCUCUUUAGUUCUUCGUGUUUCUCUCCCUCUCUCUCCUCUCCUCCUCUGCCCGACCGGCCAAUUCUCUCUCCCUGGCCUCCAUCUCUUGUUUAUACUUCUCCUGAAGUUUUGCAAUUUCCGUCGCGUGGGCAUCCUUAAGUGCCUUCAUCUUGCCCUGGACCACCUUCUUGAAGUUACUCACCCUUUCCUCGUGAGAAUCCAGAAAUUUUUUCCGCUCCGUUUCAAACUCCUGCCUCAGACCCUCCUCUCUGUGUGAAAUUUCCUCCUCGAGAGCCGAUUUUUCUUGCUUCCAUUGAGCCUCGGAUUGUUCGUGUUUCUCUCUCAUUCCGUCCCUCUCUCUUUCCCACUCUGCCUCCCUGGACGAGCCAACCGCUUCCAUCUCUGAGACUCGUUUCUCGAGGUCGCCUCUAGCCUUCUCCCACUCCUCCUCGCUCGAUUUAAGCUUGUCCUCGCUCUCCUGAACUCGCCGCUCCAGCCCUUCUUUCUCUUGUAACCACUGCUGCUCCCUCGCAGUGGUGAAUCCUUCUUCAAGAGUCUUCUUCUCGACUUCCCAGCCUUCGAUUCUCUGCUGAAACUCCGCCUCUCGAUCUCCGAGCUGUUUCUGUAGCGCUGCGUAUCUCUCUUCGGCCUCGUGAGCAGUGGACGUCUGUUCUCUAGUCGACUGGGCAACUUCACUUCUCACUCUCUCCAAUUCACUGGCGUUUUCUGUUCUGAGACUCUCCUGUUGGAGUCUGUGGCUUUCGUUCAAUUCCUGCAUCCGCUGCUUGUGAUUUUCCUCCCGUGAUUUCAGGGUCGCCUCGUGAUCAGCUAGCUGGGACUGAAGGGCCUGUUCGUGAGUUGCCUGUUGCGAUUGGAGAGCUUGCGCAUGGUUCUCCUGCUGCAGUUGAAAGGCCUUUUGGUGGCUUUGCUGCUGUUCUUGAAGAGCCCUCUCAUGAUUAGCUUGCUGUGAUUGAAGAGCCUGCUCAUGAUUAGCUUGCUCUGUUUGAAGAGCCUGCUCAUGAUUAGCUUGCUCUGUUUGAAGAGCCUGCUCAUGAUUAGCUUGCUGUGACUGAAGGGCCUGCUCAUGAUUUGCUCUGAGUGACU